AUGGACAUCCCCUCUACAAGUAACACCGGUUGCUUUGAUUUUGCUUUAGAUGAUUAUCUGCACUCGUAUCAUACCUCCUCUAGCAAUAGCACUAGUUGCUUUGAUCUUGCUUUUGAUUGUCUUGUCGAGUUUGACUGUCUUGCUGAGCUUAAGAAGUCCUACUAUUCCGGGAACAUUGGCAGAUUCCUCAAGUACCUGAGGAUAAAGGUAAGAUUAUUGAAAAUCUUUUUCUUAUAUGCCAAAAAGUGCAGGAGGAGGAGGAACUGUGAAGCGCUUUUGGAGCAUGAUCAAGAGGACAAGGGUAAUAUUAUAUCUGAAAGUUUGAGAUUCAGAAUUCAAGAUGUGAUUAUCAAGAUGAUUCAUGAUCUUCAGUCUACCUAUCUUUUAUACAAACAUUCUGGUGAGCCAGAUCUUAACAUUGUACAUAGUGCGCUGACCAGGUCCCUAGAAAAUAUCAUUGUGUUCCUUGAGACAGAUAUCAAGAAAUCAUGCUCCAUCAUCUUCUUCAACUAUUACUCACCGGGAGAUCCCCGACUAGUUAUGGAUCUUAUUGAGUCCCUUUUAGAGACUCUAGAGUGUCAUUUAUUUGGACACCACAUGGAACCCAUUAGACAGAAGCUAAUGCCCUUAAGGAAUCUCAUUCGCUUUGCUACAGUGCUAGGUGUUGAGUGUGAGCAAUUGAUAGAUCUGUUGACUCACGUUGCAGUUGUGGCUGCACACCUGAUUUCUGUAUGUCAGUUUGUUAGUGAUAGACUGACUGCAACUUCUGUACGUGUUGAUACAAUCAAUCAAAUGGCCUUUGAAAUACAUCAGAUGAUACACAAGAAGAUAAAUCCCCUUGAUCCCCAAGCCCGAGAAAUUUACAUCCAUGUCCUGGCAGCCUCAAAGAAACAAUCAAGAUCAUUAAACGCUUUAGUCCUUGAGGAGAAUGAGCAUCCAGUGGUAGUCGAGUUUGUUAGUUCUCUCCUGGAUUAUCUUAUGGAUCUACUAGGAUCUUAUGCUAGCUUUCAGGUUCUAGUGAAGGGUCAAAUGCUAAAACUCUAUCAGGGAAUAAAGUAUCUGAGUAUCCUUCUUAAACGGGAGGAGAAACUAGGUGAUAAAAUAAAGGAUCUCAUUGGAGUUGUAGUCUGUGAUGCAGGAAUUUUGAUCUUCUCCCUUUCUGUCAAUGAAAUCAAAGAAGGUUUGCCCAAGGACACAGAAAUUGGGCUGUUUCAUUUGCACAGAGUUCUCAAGUAUUUGAUGGCAGAGGUUGCACACAAUUAUCCACUAACAUCACCAUAUUCAUCAUUUCAUUAUCCUAGAUGCAAUGAGUUAUGCUGUAUGGAUUUUUUCCUAGAAAAUCUCAAGGAGCUAGGAAGGAGUGAUGAGGCUGAUGAUUCCAUUGUUUUCCUAUUAGAUAGAAUCCAAAUGGUCCAGGAAGAUCUCCUAUUCUUGAGAUCUUUCCUAGAGAAUAUCAAGGAUCAGCGGUAUCAUGAUGGAAAACUUCAAGCUUUCUGGAGUCAUGUUAUGGAAGCUACUUACAAGGUAGAGUUACUGAUUGACUCAACACUUGUUGGUGAUAAUUGCCAAGAUUCUCUGGUUGCUGUUGCUAAUGAUAUCAAUUGUCUGAAGAUUAAGGCCCUGGAGAUCCAAAAUGGUCAAACCCAGAGAGUUAACAAGACUUCCAUUCAGAUACCAACACAACUUACUGCCACCACACACAAUGAGGAUCUAGUGGGUCUCGAUGAUGCGGUGGAAACUAUCACUCAUCGACUUACGAGAGGAUCAAAGCAGUUGGAUGUUGUUCCCAUCGUGGGAAUGCCUGGGCUAGGUAAGACCACAUUAGCCAAUAAAGUUUAUACUGCUCCUUCAGUUCGGUCACAUUUCCAUGUUUGUGGCUGGUGUUGUGUUUCUCAAACGUACAGCACUCGCAUAUUGUUAGUUCAGCUUUUGUGUAGUAUUUCUUCUAAGAGUACUGACGGAUUUCUUGAGAUGGAUGAAAAUGAUUUAGCUCUGCAGCUAAAGCAAGUUUUACUGAGAACUAGGUAUCUCCUUGUUUUGGAUGACUUGUGGGACAUUGAGGCAUGGAAUUUGUUGGAAAAAUUGUUGCCGAAUGAUGUCAAUGGAAGCAGGAUUCUCUUCACCAGCAGAUUUCAGAACUUGUCUCUACAAUCCAAACCUGAUAUCAAAUCUUACCAUCUCCGCCAACUUACUGACGAAGAGAGUUGGACAUUGCUGCAGAAAAAGCUAUUUCACAAAGAAAAUUGUCCUCCAACACUAAGUAAAGUUGGAUCUCGAAUAGCAAAAUCUUGUAGGGGUUUACCCCUCACAAUUGUCCUUGUUGCUGGAAUUCUUGCUAAUACUGCGCAAGAUUGUUGGGAAGAAGUUGCAAAAUGUCUAAGUUCUAGUGUUCUUGACAAUGAAUAUUGCAUGAAGACACUUGAGUUGAGUUAUGGUCAUUUACCAGAUUAUUUGAAGCCAUGCCUUCUAUACUUUGGUGCAUUUAAAGAAGAUGAGGUUAUUAAUGUCCGAAGGUUGUUAUGGCGUUGGAUCUCUGAAGGAUUUGUGCAGCAGACUGAAGGAAAGAGUUUAGAAGAAGUGGCUUACGACCACUUGAUGUCUCUAAUUAAUAGAAGUUUAGUUCUGGUUUCCAGACAAAGAACUAGGGGUGGUGUUCAAGCCUGCCAAAUUCAUGAUUUGGUAUACGAGUUUUGUGUGGAAAAAUCCAACGAAGAAAGUUUUCUACAUAUCAUUGAUAGUUGGAAAGACCCUUUUAGUCUUACUGGACCAAGCAACCACCACCGAGUUUAUGUUCACAAUACCAGGGAAUUGAAGAUUUGGGAGUUAAUGCUAAUUUUUCCCAGUUUACGCUCUUUACUCUUGUUUGGAGAUAAUUAUUGCGAACCAAAAGUGGAGGAUUUGGGGAUUUUGUUGCCUAAACUUCUUAGAGUGCUGGAUUUGGGGGAUUUGAAAUUUUAUGAAUCAUUUCCGAUGGAAGUUUUAUUGCUUGUUCACUUGAGACAUCUGGCGCUUUGUAAAACAAGAUCCAUCCCAUCUGCGAUAGACAACCUUUCAAGGUUAGAAACUCUUACCGUAAAUGGGCCGUAUCUUCAGAUUGUGCUGCCGGAUGCUAUAUGGAACAUUAAGACCUUGAGUAAUCUAAGUAUUGAGCCACAUGGGACUAAAGAUUAUACUCAUGGUUUUAUUUUUCAAGUUGGAAAUCUUGAAGUAUACCCAGAUUUAGAUCAUUUAAAUACUUUAAACCUUGUAAUUGAUUCCUCUUCUAAAAGCUUGCAAAAGCUAUUGACAAAGUUACCAAGCAUUCGCAGGCUAAAAUGUGCGGGACCGGUCAACCUCUAUAAAACUACCAAAAAUUGCGACGAGAUUCUUGAGUUUGACUGUUUAAGUCAACUAGAAUCACUUCGUUUGAUUCGUCUUAGGGGAUAUGGAUUUAAAUUCCCGCUGAAUUUGAAGAAGUUGGUGCUCGCAUGGAAUAGUCAACCAUGGACUGAAAUUUCAAAAAUUGGAAAGCUGCCCAAUCUUGAAGUGCUUAAAUUACUCAAUUACUCCUUCGUUGGGGAAGAAUGGGUAGUGAAAGAAGGGGAGUUCCCUAACCUCCGAGUCUUGGAAUUGUUAGAAUUGGGCAUUCGCAACUGGACUGCAUUUUCUGAUAGUUUUUCCCGUCUUGAGAAAUUGGUGGUGCACUCGUGCCCGUACCUGGAGAAGGUCCCUUCUUGUUUAGGGGAAUGUGAGACUCUUGAAAUGAUUGAAGUGAAAUGGUGUCGCAUGUCUGUUGUAAAUUCAAUAAAGCAAAUUCAGCAAGAACAGAUAGAUAUGGGAAAUGAGGAUCUAAAGAUCGUACUUGAAGGUCGUUAUGAAUAUGAUACAUCCAUUUCCUCAGAAGCAGAGUCAAUUCCAUCAGAAGCUGGGGAGAUUUCCUCAGAAAGAGAGUCUAUUUCCUCUCAUCACACUUGA